AUGAAGAGAGCUCGGUCGUCGGCGUACACUAGGACGAUCGUGAUCUUCCUAUAUCUGGAAAAGGCCAACGAGCUGACAAAUCCUCUUGCCAUUCUUGAGGCCUUGGGCAGGAAAGGGGUCCGGGCCCACCUCCUCCGCUGGCUUUCUGAAUUCCUCACCAACCCCAGUGCCCAGGUCUCCUUCCAGGGACACGUGUCGACACCACAUCCAUACAACCUGGGCACCCCCCCCAAAAAAGGCAGUUGCCUCAGCCCGUUUCUCUUCAAUAUUUUGAUGGAAGAGCUCACCACUGAAACUUACGGUAGCGGAGUCCAACUCCUAGUGUACGCCGACGACCGAGCUCUCUUCAUACCACGGCGUAAGCACCAAUUUGUUGCAUCACGAGCUCUAGAGGUCCUUAAACAACGGUGCGCCACUCCUGGCUUAAAAAUCAACACCAGCAAAACCCGAUAUAUGACUUUUGACCUUCUACCCCUCUUCUAA